GGAAACUACGUCGACAGCGGAAUAAUUCGGGGGCCAAAAUUUCAGAGCAGGAAAGAGUAGUCAGUGGCAUAUGGAGAGAAUGAGGGCAGUUUGUUUGAUUCGUCGAAUUUUUGAUCGCCGUGGUGGAUGCAAUAUCGGCUCAGUUCGCUCUUUCUCACGUCUUUAUGAAUCCCCAAUUUCAACACCCGUUGAUGUCUCGUCACUCCCCACUCCUUCCGUUCCUUUUAAAUCAUCCUUCUGCAAUUUUUACUCCAUUCCAGCCAUCACAAAACUUCACUUCUCAAACCCUACCAUGCAAUUUCGAAGAACUCUUUGCUCGUCCCCAGGUUCUUCCAAUAUUGUACUUAUUAAGUCAGAAGAAGAGUUCAAUAGCUCAAUGAAAAAUAUUCAAGAGAAGUCUCUUCCAGCAAUCUUCUACUUCACUGCUGCAUGGUGUGGACCCUGCAAGUUCAUAUCUCCCAUACUUGCAGAGCAAAGUGAGAAAUACCCUCAUGUUCCAACGUAUAAAAUUGAUAUUGACCAGGAUGGCCUCGGAACUGUAUUGAAUAAAUUAUCUAUUCAUGCUGUGCCAACUCUUCAUUUCUUUGAAAGUGGCAAAAAGGCAGCUGAAAUUGUUGGUGCAGAUGUUGGACGCCUGAAGGACACAAUGGAAGAACUUUAUGGGAAGGACUAAGUGAAGAUGAUUUUGAAGGAGGAUUAAUGGCAUCUAGAGUUUGCAAUCCUCUUUGAGGGAACGAAGGUAAGUUUGGUCUCCUAUUGGUUUAGCGUUUCAGUUUCUUUGGAAAUGUUAGUUUGUCCAUUAGAACAUCUACGAGAGGAUCUUCCGCAGGAAAAGAUUUUAAGUGGAUUUUCCACAAAUGGAGAAUUAUUCAGUUGUAAUCUUGAUUUUGAAGCCAUCAAGUGAUGUGCGGUGAACGUUAGAAAUCUCAGCUUCUUAUAUGGAAAGAUAAAAAUAGAGCUGCAUAUGAGACUAA